UUGUAGCUCGUAGGUACUUAUAUACUAUAAUAAAGUACCUAUAUAGGUUAAAAUUUGUUCCAAUAGUAUUAUUAAUUAUUUGAUCUUAAAAUAAUAUUAGUAAGACAUAUAAUCUUAUUUUUUCAAGCAAAAGUUCAAUCUGUGAUAUUACAUAACAGACCAUAACCAUCAUUUUAAGACUUAAGGAAUCAAUUCAUACAAGUUGAAUAAAAGCUCUUGAAAAAUACAUACCGAUUUUAAUGGGGAAUAUUAUUUUUACUACAGAUUUAAAUCAAGCACUGGUCUUAGUCUUGGUUUUUACAUUUAAUUUGUAGCUGGGCUACUAUUUAAUCUUUAAAGCUCAUUGCUGUCUCGAAAUCAUCAGCAUUUUCAAAUAUCGAAUAAUCAAAGACGAUAAUCGCAGAGAAGAAUAUUUUGUGCAAUUUUUUAAGUUUCAAACGAUUAUUCCAUUCACGCCUUAAGGUUUCAUUUAUCCGCUGUGCUCGAAACUAACAAGACAAAAAUGGAGUUUAAUUUCAAUAUCGGAAACGUAGCCACUAAUGAAGUUCUAAAGAUUAACAACAAGUUAACGGUCCAAGGACAUGAAGAAAACGAAGAUUUAAAAAACAUAAUGAAAUUGAUCAUUGACGAAAUGGGUAAAGCAUCAGCUGUAUCACAAGAGUUAAAGUUGCCAAUCACCAGCUCCAAGAGACUUGUCAAUUCUGAUCAUGAAAUUUAUAUGAUGACUGAACACAAUAAGCCAGAGCAUUUUGCUGUUGUUGGGUUUAUAAAGAUGGGAUGGAAAAAAUUGUUUCUUUAUGACAAACAAGCUUCCCGAUCAGAAGCCAGGGUCUACUGCCUGUUGGAUUUUUACAUACACGAACGUAGGCAGCGUAAAGGUUAUGGUAUACGUUUGAUGCAAUGCAUGUUACAGGAUGUUGGUUUAGAGGCCAAAAAUUUAGCUAUUGACAAGCCAACAAAGAAAUUAUUGCAGUUUAUGUGGAAGCAUUUUCAAUUAUCUAAAUUGGUAAACCAGGGAAACAAUUUUGUCAUCUUCGAAGAGUUUUUCCACAAUGCAUCAGAGGAAAAAAAUAACCAAGACCCUUCUGGAAAUCGGGCUGAAGCAUACAAAAGUCAACCAAUGUUUGGACGGCAUGGAGCUCAUAAACAUCAUGAUUCAAUGGGCGAAAUUGUACAAGGUGAAGGUGAUGCUGCAUUUGUUAAGUUCAAGUACAACCAUGACACUGAUUUUGUUGAUAAUCAGUUCAAGGAAGUUAAUCCACAUCCUGAAAGUGAAGGUGCAUUUAAAACUGACAAGGAUGGAUACUCAGUAAAACGAGAUCUUAAAUUCCAUCACGAUUCUUUGUGGUAACUUAAAUUGACAACAUAUCCAAAUAAUUCUCCUGUAUGUUGUGUCCUAAUGACCUAAUUUCACAUCCAAAUGCAUAAUUAAAAUUAUAUGAUUAUGAAGUUUGUUGCACUCAAAACAGUAUAAACUACAAAUAAUUUACAUAGUAAUUAUUUAUUAUUUUAAUUUUUUUUUAAAUGUAUUUCAACUUAUAAAGUUUUACUUCCCAAUUACUUUUUAAUAAAUCUUAUUUUUAUUAUAACUUGUAAAGUACAAAAAUACUUUUGUAGCAAAGUUA